AUGAAUCGGAAGCAGGAAACAGGAUCAAUUGAUGAUAUGCAAGAAGUUUCUGAAUUAUUUGAUGAAAUUGAUUGUUCGAUUUCCUCUGUUAUGAUCACAUUCAAUGGAAUGUUCAAUGAUUCAAACCAAGAGAUAGUGCUUUCUUCUAUUCAAUCCUUUCAACGAGAUAGUGCUUUUUCAACUCUCUCAAAAUGGAAUCUAUUCCAAACAUAUAUGCCAUGGUUCCUUACUUCGACAGGGUACAAAUAUCUAAAUUUUCUAUUUUUAGAUACUUUUUCAGACCUAUUGUCAAUACUAAGUAGCAAUCCAAAAUUUUUAUCUAUUCUUCAUGAUAUUAUGUACAGAUCAGAUAUAUCAUGGCGAAUUCUUCAGAAAAUUUUGUAUCUUCCACAAUGGAAUCUGAUAAGUGAGAUUUCGAGUAAGUGUUUACAUAAUCUUCUUCUGUACGAAAAAACAAUUCAUCAAAAUAAUGAGUCACCAUUGAUAUGGACACAUCUGGGAUCUCCAAAUGUUCGGGAGUUCUUCUAUUCAAUCCUUUUCCUUCUUCUUCUUGCUGGAUAUCUCGUUCGUACACAUCUUCUCUUUGUUUUUCGAGCCUCUAGUGAGUUACAGACAGAGUUCGAAAAGGUCAAAUCUUUGAUGAUUCCAUCAUACAUGAUUGAGUUGCGAAAACUUCUGGAUAGGUAUCCUACAUCGGAACCGAAUUCCUUCUGGUUAAAGAAUCUCUUUUUGGUUGCUUUGGAACAAUUAGGAGAUUCCUUAGAAGAAAUAUGGGGUUCUGUUUCUGGCGACAACAUGCUAUUGGGUAGUGGUCCCGCUUAUGGGUUCAAAUCAAUACGUUCUAAGAAAAAAUAUUUGAAUAUUAAUCUAAUCGAUAUCAUCGAUCUCAUAAGUAUCAUACCAAAUCCCAUCAAUCGAAUCACUUUUUCGAGAAAUACGAGACAUCUAAGUCAUACAAGUAAAGAGAUCUAUUCAUUGAUAAGAAAAAGAAAAAGGGUGAACGGUGAUUGGAUUGAUGAUAAAAUAGAAUCCUGGGUCGCGAGCAGUGAUUCGAUUGAUGAUGAAGAAAGAGAAUUCUUGGUUCAGUUCUCCACUUUAACGACAGAAAAAAGGAUUGAUAAAAUUCUAUUGAGUCUGACUCAUAGUGAUCAUUUAUCAAAGAAUGACUCUGGUUAUCAAAUGAUUGAACAACCGGGAGCAAUUUACUUACGACACUUAGUUAACAUUCAUAAAAAGUAUCUAAUGAAUUAUGAGUUCAAUACAUCUUGUUUAACAGAAAGACGAGUAUUCCUUGCUCAUUAUCAGACAAUCACUUAUUCACAAACCUCGUGUGGGGCUAAUAGUUUUCAUUUCCCAUCUCAUGGAAAACCCUUUUCGCUCCGAUUAGCCCUAUCCCCCUCUAGAGGUAUUUUAGUGAUAGGUUCUAUAGGAACUGGACGAUCCUAUUUGGUCAAAUACCUAGCGACAAACUCCUAUGUUCCUUUUAUUACGGUAUUUCUGAACAAGUUCCUGGAUAACAAGCCUAAAGGUUCUCUUAUUGAUCUUAGUGACGAUAUUUAUGCUAGUGCUAGUGACGAUAUUGAUGCUAGUGACUAUAUUGAUGCUAGUGACGAUAUCGAUUAUGACCUUGAUACGGAGCUGGAGCUGCUAACUAUGGAUAUGAUGCCGGAAAUAGACCCAUUUUCUAUCACCCUUCAAUUCGAAUUAGCAAAAGCAAUGUCUCCUUGCAUAAUAUGGAUUCCAAACAUUCAUGAUCUGGAUGUGAAUGAGUCGAAUUACUUAUCCCUCGGUCUAUUAGUGAACUAUCUCUCCAGGGAUUGUGAAAAAGGGUCUACUAGAAAUAUUCUUGUUAUUGCUUCGACUCAUAUUCCGCAAAAAGUGGAUCCCGCUCUAAUAGCCCCGAAUCAAUUAAAUACAUGCAUUAAGAUACGAAGGCUUCGUAUUCCACAACAACGAAAGCACUUUUUGACUCUUUCAUAUACUAGGGGAUUUCACUUGGAAAAGAAAAUGUUCCAUACUAAUGGAUUCGGGUCCAUAACCAUUGGUUCCAAUGUACGAGAUCUUGUAGCACUUAUCAAUGAGGCCCUAUCGAUUAGUAUUACACAGAAGAAAUCCAUUCUAGACACUAAUACAAUUCGAUCCGCUCUUCAUAGACAAACUUGGGAUUUGCGAUCCCAGGUAAGAUCGGUUCAGGAUCAUGGGAUCCUUUUCUAUCAGAUAGGAAGGGCUGUUGCACAAAAUGUACUUCUAAGUAAUUGCCCUAUAGAUCCUAUAUCUAUCUAUAUGAAGAAGAAAUCAUGUAACGAAGGGGAUUCUUAUUUGUACAAAUGGUACUUCGAACUUGGAACGAGCAUGAAGAAAUUAACGAUACUUCUUUAUGCGCAAAAAUCAGCUGUCGUGAGGGCAAUCGUGCUAGAACUGAGAGCUGUCGAGCAUCCGAGUGCAACAUUUAUCAGAGAGAGACUCAAGGUGUGGGGGAAAGCUUCAAGCUGUAGCAAAUCUCAAGGACGCUAG